UGUGGGAUGCAGAUUUAGCAAUUUACUAAUGAAUUUAGUUCUAAUUCAAUAGACUGGAGAGCUAUGAAUAAUAAUACCGAUCAGUGCCAUCCCAUCCACAAGUACAUGUCUGUCACAGCCUUAAAAGGCUGCUUGCUAUGAGGUGCCACUAUGCUUAUCUGCAGGGAAGAGCUGUUUUAUUAGAGAUACGGUAUUAAUAGCACAGCAAGCAGAAGAAUGUUCAUCUUCCUAAUUAUCACACUCGUUUAAAUAUUUCACUGGGUAUCAAAACUCCAGAGGACUUGCCCCAGCCUUCUCAUUCUCUGACUGGAGGACAGACCCGGCACUCUCCGACACCCAGGUUGAAAGAAGCGUGCACUUAAAAUGACUGAGCGCUUUGACUGCCACUACUGCAAGGAGUCUCUCUUUGGCAAAAAGUACCUUCUGAGGGAAGAGAAUCCCUACUGUGUGAAGUGCUACGAGAGCCUGUACUCUAACUCAUGUGAGGAAUGCAAGAAGCCAAUUGGCUGUGAUGGAAAGGAUCUUUCCUACAAAGACCGCCACUGGCAUGAAUCCUGUUUCCAUUGCUUCCAGUGCAAAAAGUCCCUGGUGGACAAGCCUUUUGCUGCUAAAGAUGAGCACCUCAUUUGCACUGAGUGCUAUUCUAAUGAAUAUUCCUCCAAAUGCAGCGAGUGUAAGAAGACAAUCAUGCCAGGAACUCGCAAGAUGGAAUAUAAAGGUAACAGCUGGCAUGAGACCUGCUUCAGUUGCUCCCGUUGUCAACAACCUAUUGGGACAAAAAGCUUCAUUCCAAAGGAUAAUCAGAAUUUCUGUGUGCCAUGCUAUGAAAAACAAUUUGCAAUGCACUGUGUCCAGUGUAAAAAGGCCAUCACUACUGGAGGUGUUACAUACCGAGAUCAACCUUGGCAUAAGGAAUGCUUUGUUUGUACGGGAUGCAAGAAACCACUAUCUGGUCAACGCUUCACCUCUCGUGAUGAAUUUGCCUACUGUCUGAAUUGCUUCGGCAACCUGUAUGCCAAGAAAUGUGCUGGAUGCACCAACCCUAUAAGUGGGCUUGGAGGAGCCAAGUAUAUUUCUUUUGAAGAACGUCAGUGGCACAGCGAUUGCUUUAAUUGUAAGAAGUGUGCUAUUUCCUUGGUUGGACGUGGUUUUCUUACAGAAAGAGAUGACGUUCUUUGCCCUGAAUGUGGCAAGGACAUAUAAUUUAAAAAAGCAUACAUGAAUCGACAUACCAAGACAUGACAUCAUAUAUAUUAUAUUCUCAUAAAUAUAUCAUAUGCUUUUAUUUCCAUUAAAGCAAUUGUAGGUUAUGUAACGUAUCUCUCAGAGUUAAAAUUUCAUUCCCAGGCCAUCUGCAUUAUAGCAACAGUGUUGGCUUGCUGGUUAUGGAAUACUGUAUGGCAAAAAACUGUACAGAAGUGAAAGAGACUUCUCACACUGUAUGCACUAUACUGAAAUCUUACAGCAAAUGUAAUUGCCAAUGCUGACCAACUUUUUGGGUGCCAGUUUCCAUUUGUCACAUGCACAGAGUUUUGGGUCAUUUUAAAUACAAGGAUAUGUUCCAAGUUG